UUUGUCAGUUUUGUGGAGUAGAUUUUUUUAUGUUUUUACUAUAAUAUUAUAUACAUAUAAGAAAAUCUAUGACCCCUGGGGGCGGGGCCAAUUUUGACCUCAGGGCUAUAAUUUGAACAAUUAUCUUUACUACUUGAUGAUUCCUGCCAAAUAUCUGACCUCUAACAUUUGUCAAUUCAGAUGAGACAAUUUUUAUUUUUUUGAAUAUACAUGUAUGUAUAUAAGGGAAAACCUAUGAUUACCCGGGGUGGGGCCAAUUUUGACACUAUGGGCAACAUUUUAACAACUUGGUAGGGGAUGUAGAGACUAUAUUAUAUACCAAUUAUGGUAGCUCAAGGCCUUGUACCUUUAGACAAGAAGGUUUGUUGUUUUUUUUUAAAUUUCUUUCAACUUUAUACUUUUAAGGGAAACAUAUGACCGCCGGUUAGGGAACAAUUUUGAGCCCAGAGCUUUAAUAUGUACAAUCUUGUUAGAGGUCCACGACACAAUGUUUCAAACCAAAUAAUUAAACUCUAGCCUUUGUCAAUUACGGGGAGAUUUUUAAGUUUUUACUAUAUACAUAUGGGGAAAACCCAUGCUCCCCCCGGACGUUUUGAACAUUUUUGGUAGUGGAUCUAUAAAUGCUACUAUAUACUAUAUAUCUAAGCUAUGAGCCUUGUACCUUCAAACAAAAAGAUAUUUUAAGUUUUUAAUAUAUACAAGGAAAACAUAUGACCCCGAGGUGGUUCCAAUUUUAACACUAGGGACAUAAUUUUAAAACCUUUGGUAGAGUACCUACAGAUAAUAUCAUAUACCAAAAAUCAAAGCUCUGGGCCAUAUAUAUUUGAUGUAGAAGAUUAUUUAAAUCUGCAUUUUUGAAACUUUUUUUCUGGCCCCGUGACCUUCUUAUGAAACAGACCGAAACCAUUUGAACACUUUUGAAAAGGUACUACACAGGGAUCAUUCCUGCAGCCAUUGGUUUCAGAGAAGAUGCUGUUUAAAGUAACUGUUGAUGAUGCAGGAAGCACAACGCACGGCGACGACGGACGACGGACGGUGGGGGGAAUAGCUCACGGUCAGCACGUUGUGCUCAGGCGGGUUGAACAUUUUCUUCUCUGAAUUGACAAAGGCUAGAGGAGUAUACAUUUAUACCAGACGAUAUAGAACAAGGACUAAUUGCCGCUUUCGGAGACGACUUUGAAUCAUGUUCAAGGGCUCUUUUCUUUUUGUCCGAAAGUAUAGCUGGAAAGUGUGCCAAGCCAUUUAUUAGGACACUUGAAAAUGUGUUGUCUAAUGCGAUGCUUUUCAAGACAGUGGCAGAGAGGAUGGUAAAAGACACAAAGACUGUGGAAAAAGACUCAAAAUUUCGACAAGUAAUGUAUGAUAUUUGGAAUAAUGAAUUGAAAGAUUUGGUAAAUAAACAUCCUGACGGUGGAUCAGAAUUGGCUUUGGCAAUCCAGAACAAACUAAUAACAAGUCAGUAUAAGGUUCUGACUUAUUGUUUUUUGAGAGCAGUUUCACAUUUUCCUCAUGGAGUUGUAGGAAUGAUAGCAAAUAUACCGGAAGGAAUGGGUAGACAAGUAGCUGUGAUUGGAGGAUUAAAUCUUGUUGUUGCCGUACCGCUUGGGCCUGUUGUUACGGUUGCCCUUGCGGGAGUGUUUCUCGCAUGGGAAGUUAUCAUGAAUAUUAACCGAUGGUGGAAUGGGGAAAUAACUGGCAAACGAUGUGUAAAGAAUAUAAUAGAUUGUGGAGUCGGUGUAGCUGCAGGCAUUGUUGGUGGAUGGACGGGACAAGCGAUCGGUGGUUUUAUAGGCUCGGUUCUUGGCCCGAUAGGAACGACCUGUGGUAUGGUUGUUGGUGGCGUCGUAUGUGGGAUUUUGGCUCAAAUCAAAGCUACACAACUGUGUGAUCUCCUGACACAGAAUUUCUUUGGCCUGCCUAAAUCUGAGGCAUUAGAAAAUGCAUAUAGCUUCCUCGAUAUAUCAUUCAACGCUUCAAAUGGCGAUGUUAAUUCACGGUACAGACAUUUAGCUCUACAGUUCCACCCGGACAAAGGCGGUGACCCUGAGAUGUGGGCCAAACUACAAUAUUCAAUGGCCAUCAUAAGAAAGGCAAGAGGAGAACCAUAAAUUGGUUCGAAUCAUUGUAAUACAAUAUUUAUGUGUACACACAGCUAAAAUGACUGCAAAACUGGUUUAGCAUCUGUAUUUAUGUUAAAAAUUUAAUUUUGGUCAUAGUUCGUUUUUUUCUUUUGGUGCUGUGUAAAUGUAUAUAUCAUUUGUAUAUCGAUGAUAAUGUGUAUUUUGAAAAGAAACUUAUUGCUGAAUCAUUUAACAAAUUUUAUACAACAGUUGCAUGUAAACUUGUUGAAAAGUUGCCAGAAAGUAUGCAUAAAUUUGGUACGAAUUUUGUUAAUACUUUUUAUGCAAACAAGGGUGUUACAGUUUUUCUUUUUCCAUUGUUUCUGAAAGUAAAGUUCUUAAAUACUUAACUUCAUUAGGUGUCAAAAAAAGCUACUGGCUUAGAUGGUAUACCCUCAAGUUUUAUCAGAGAUGGAUCCCCAGUUAUUGCUAGUCCAUUAGCUCAUAUCAUAAACUUAUCCCUUAACCAAGGUCAAGUCCCUGAUGAUCUUAAAUCUGCAAGAGUUGUUCCCUUCUAUAAAAGGAACGACAAAUAAAUUGUCUGUUGGUAAUUACCGGCCUGUGUCCAUUUUAAAUGUUGUAUCUAAAAUCCUUGAAAAGGUGGUUUAUUACCAGGUUGAAGCUUAUUUUAAGGAUAAAGAUCUGCUGUAUAAAUUUCAAUCAGGUUUCAGGAGUGGCUUCUCUACUGAUACUUGUCUGAUUCACCUUACAGACUUUAUCAGGUAUGAAAAUGAUAAAGGUAAUGUUGUUGGUAUGGUGCUGCUGGAUUUGCAGAAAGUGUUUGACACAGUCGACCAUUCCAUUCUUUUAAUGAAACUGCAAGCAUCAGGUCUUAGUAUUGACGUCCUAAAUUGGUUCAAAUCAUAUUUAUCAGAUAGACAGCAGCUUAAUUGUAGAUGUCUCUGGUACUUAUUCUUCCAAUUCCAAAAUAACAUGUGGUGUUCCUCAGGGCUCAAUCCUUGGACCCCUUCUCUUUUUAAUUUAUGUAAAUGAUAUGUCAGCUGUGGUCAAAAAUAAAUUGAUUUUGUAUGCUGAUGAUUCUGGUAUCCUUGUAUCUGGUAAAAGUUUAUCUGUUGUUGAAAAGGCAUUGACAGAUGAUAUUGAAUAGGUCAGCCAAAGGUCAGUAGACAAUAAGUUGUCAUUGCACUUGGGUAAAACCGAGUCAAUUUUAUUUGGGUCCAGGCAAAAGCUUAGGUCACAAUCUAACCUGCAUAUAACCUGUUCUGGUACAUCCAUUGAAUCAACUUCAUCUAUCAAGUAUCUUGGGAUUACUAUAGACCAAAAUCUGUCAUUUUGCGCCAUGGCCGAGUCUGUUCUUAAGAAGGCCAACUCUCGGUUAAAAUUUCUUUACCGCAAGAAAGAGUUUCUUACUCAGCAUACCAAGAAACUUCUGGUUAUGUCUCUUAUUCAGUGUCACUAUGAUUACACAUGCUCUGUUUGGUAUAAUAGCUUGACACAGUCUUUAAAAAAUAAGUUACAAACUUGUCAAAACAAAAUAAUGAGAUUUGUACUUGACUUGGACUCCAGAGCCCAUAUUGACCCAUCCCACUUUAUGUCCCUUAACUGGUUACCGGUCCACAAAAGAGUUGAUCAGAUAAUGUUGUGUCAUGUUUUAAGAGAAAAAAUGGCCUAUCUCCGGGUUACAUGUGUGAACACUUUAUUAAAUAAGUUUAUUUCCCAAGAUUCCAUACAUAAUUAUAGUACAAGACUUAGUCAAAAGGGUGGGUAUUGUCUACCUUAGGUCAAAGGCUAGGGUUCUAAAUCCUUUGCUUUCUCUGGUAUUAAAUAAUGGAAUGAUUUACCUGUAGAGUUAACGGAGAUCAACAGGUUACAAAGUUUUAAGGUUGCCAUCAAAAGUCAUCUUAUGAACAGUAUUUAAUUUUUUUUACCAUGUUUCGGCUCAGGAUUUUAAAUUGUCUGCUAUUUAUCUUUUUACAAUUUUAGUAAUGUGUUUUAAAUCCUAGCUGUAAACAGGAGUAUCAUUAACUCAAGAUUUGACUGUGAUAUACAUUUUUAUGAUUUAUUAGUAUUUUUAAACAUGAUUAUAUUUAGGUUUGCCUCUCUAUGUCAUGCCGCCAAUACAAAGGACCACAAUGGAAAUAAGAGCUUUUUUUGCCCUUUUUUGUGUUAUCCUUGGUUUUGAUGAGCAUGUCAUAGUUUUCUCGUACGUGAUAUAGUAUUUAAUAAUGCUCAUUAUUUUAUCCUAUGUUAUAUUGUCAACUAUGUAUAUGCUUCCUUUGCCGUAAUAAAUCUAUCUAUCUA